GUGAGUACGUUAUAUGUAGUGAUUAAAAUGAAUUGGUACAAAAAUAAUUGUAUUCAUUAGAGAUUAAACAUCAGUACAUUGACAUCACAUAUCGUUAUAUGAAUGAUUGAUUAAAGAGGAUAAAAAUAGAACUGUUGGAUUUGGUUUAGAGUAGAUAGUGACCAUGAUGAAGUUCAAAUCGCUGUUUCGAAGAGGACAGCAAAGCCACCUGCAACACCAGCAAUCAAAUUCAGGGCAACAUCAUCAGCACCAGCAACAGUCAACCGGACAUCAGGGACAGAUGGCACAAAGUGGACUUCAACGUCAGGCGCCGAGUGUGUCAUCAUUGGAGAACAAAGCAGACAAUUUGCAGGCGGGUGCUUGGCCAGCUGAUAAAGACACCACGAAAAGCAGCUCCAAAACUCACAUGAAAAAUAGUGGAAAGCAUUCUAUCAUUAGGAUGCAAGAGCUCGAGCGCGAGCUUGAGUUUUUACGCAAAGAACGUGCGAGACUUGAGGCUAACUUGCGAGAAACAUCGGCUGAUGCUAAACGACUUCAUGAACUGCGCAUAGAACUCGCCUUUCUCAAGGAACAACACAGUUUAGAAGUUGAAAGACUGACACAAGAUAAUCAAGUUUUGCGCGCUCGUCUUCGUGAUGUUGCUCAUUCUCCCUUGUCAGAUUCAGAAAAACAACAAUUAUUACUGGAUGCUUCCAGAUUACACAACAACGCUUCUGCUCCCAUUGCUAUGGCUCAUAACGACUCUAGUGCAGCUACAUCCAACGCAAUUCCCGAUAACCCAAGAUGUGCUACUCCAGAAUGGGAUAAACAUUCAUCUAGUUCACUUUCAGAAGUUUCUGUUGCUUGCCUUCAAGAUAGAAUAUUACAAAUGGAAGAAACUCACUAUUCAACUAACGAAGAAUUACAAGCAACUAUACAAGAACUUAGUGAUUUACAAGCUCAAUUAACUGAACUCCAAACUGAUAAUGAAAGACUUACAGAAGAAAAAGGUGUCCUUCUUGAAUCACUUUGUAGACAAACUGAAAAAUUAGAAGACUCAAGAUCUAAGGUUGAUACUCUUCAAGGUUUAUUAUUGAGAGAAGAAAAACCUCAAGAUUCGUCCAAAGGAUAUAAUACCGAAAGAGAGCAAAAACUUGUAGAUUUAUUAAAGAGUGCUCAAGAAGAACGAGAAUCGUUGCUCCAAAAGCAAGAAGAAUUAACAACAGAAUUAAAAUGUUUACGUGCAUCUGCUGAAACAAGUGCCAAUGAAUCAGAACGGUUAGCAAAACGUGUUCAUUUCCUGGAAUCAGCUGUUGAUGCUAGUAAUGUUGAGAGAAAGCAGUUGGACAUUGAAUUAGCAGAGGCCAGACAAGAAAGUGCAAACAGAAAUAUUGAGAUUAGUAGACUUGCAACGUUAUUAGAAAAUGCACGUGCUAAAAUUGAAGAAUUAGAAUCGUCAAGGCAGCUGGAAACCAAAAGUGAAGCUGAUGAAUUACUUGAUGCUGCUAGAAGAGAAAAAGAUACUCUUGAAACGCAAGCAGCUGCUCUUCAAGAACAAUUAGCCCGUUCACACUGUGAUCAUGAUCGGCUUAAAGAUCAAUAUUCACAAUUACAAGAGGAAUAUAAAGUUACCCGAAACAAUGCCAAAUCAGCUAUUGACGAUUUAGAGUAUCGUCUGAGUCAACUCAAAGAUGAAAAAAUAUCCGUAAAUGCGGAACUUCAACUGGUUCGUGAUUCUCUAGCAGAACUUCAAGCUCAAUGUCAGCGACAUUUAGAGGAUAAAAGAGAACUUAAAGCUGCAUUGAGUGAAUCUCAAAGAAGAGAAAGAGAAGCUCAAUUACGUCAGUACGAACUAGAACGAGCGCUUGCUGAAGAAAGAAAGUUACGUCAAGAGGAAAGUGCAGAAUGGGAACAAUUUCAAAAUGAUUUAUUAAUGACUGUGCGGGUAGCGAAUGACUUUAAAACAGAAGCCCAAUCUGAACUCGAACGUGUAGUUUUGGAGAACAAAACACAACGAGAUAGAUUGCGAUCACUGGAAGCUCAACUGGAAAAGCUCAAUAAAGAAAAAUCAAGGAGAUGUGAAUGUCAGAAGAUUGCUUCACCGCAAUCAAAAACAGACAAAAAAAAUGUCAUUCUCACACGUGGACGGACAAUUCUAAAAAAGAAACCAAAUGAUUUAAAACUUAGUGUGAAAAAGAAAUUUGAAUCUAAAGAUUUACAUGACCAAAAAGUGAUGGAUGAAGAGAUGAAAAACAUCCCAAUGUAUCGGUAUUUAUCUUGUCCUAAUAUUGAUGAUGAAAAUACGUCUAAAAGAAUUAAUUCUAUUAAAUUAGUUGAAUUACAUGCCAAAGAGAAUAAUAAUUUAAAAUUGAAUGAUAUAAGAAGCAUUGAAUCAGAUAAUAAUAAUUCUUAUCAUAUCAAUGUGUCAAACAGUAAAUUUUUUGUACCAAGAGAUUAUUUUUUUUCAAACAUCGGACGAUCUCUUGAUGAUUUACGAUUCAACGUUGAUCCUGAAAUGACAAAGAUAUUACGAGAAAGUAUAGAACAGAAAUCUAAAAAAAUAAAUAAAAAUAAAAACGAUGAUAAUCACAGUGUUCAACAAGCAGAUUCAGAAGGAGAUUCUUCAAAAUUGAGUCAUGUGAUUGAAAAAAAAAGUCUUGGAUACAAAAAAAGUGACGAUGAUUCAGAAAAUUCAGAAAAUAAAACUUUAAAAUCAAUAUUGAUUAACAAAUCUCCAAAAGAUAAUGAUUAUACAACCACGCAUUCAACUAAUUCUAAGCAUCAUAUAAUUAUUGAUCCAAACAUUUAUCAACCAAAACCAUCGAAUGGUGAUGAUACUCUCGAAGAUGAUAUCUUCAAGGAAGAAGCCAAUCACAAAAAUAUUCUAGAUAAUAAUAAUAAAGAAAAUGUUAAUACGGAUAAAAACGUCAUGAAAUAUCCUGUGCCAGCAUGUAGAAAAUUUGUACGUUUUCAGAAUGAUGAACAAACAAAAACAGAAAAUGAGGAGAUUUCACCAGUAAAAUCUUCUACUCACGUUCAAAAAAUAAAUAAACAACCAGUAGAAAUGAGACAUUCUUGGGAGCCAAUUAGUCCAAGGUCUUCAUUUCGAGGGAGAACUCUUUCGUUGAAAGAGAAAUUUGAAUCUAUUUUGGAAGAUAAGGAACUUAAAUCGGGUCGAGGACGAGUAACCGGAAGAGCAAGCGACCUUAAUCAAAAAAAUAUAUCACCUUCAGCUCAAAGACCACCUAGUACACCAACAGAAACGCAACAAAGUGUGUUAACUAGUGUUCAACAAGAAAUAGCUGCUCGGCGGAAAGCCAACAUUUCUCGUCAAGAUUCCAGACUAUCGGUUAAGUGUUUAAUUGAAAGUAUUGAGAAUGCAACUAAACAGGCGAAAGCUGGGCCUGGUAGUAGAAGUAGUUCAACCUCUUCUUUAAAUUCAAUUGGAACGAAUGAUAUUCUGUCUUUGAAGACUCCACUGAGAGAUCAGCAACAAUUCAACAAUUUGAUUUGCGCUGCAAAUCCGGCUAACAACAAUAAAACUCAGUCUGUGAGCAAUAAAAAGUUAACACUUUCAGAGUCACAAAAAGUGUCAGUACCAGUAGUCAGCUUGAGUCCAGGAGAAUUAUUGGACACAGCAGCAUUGAAUGUAAAAACAAUUGAUUUUGUACGACGUAAUAGUGUGACUGACCUUUCUGGCAAGGAUCCUCUUUGUGGACUGGUCAAGAAUGGCGGUUCUAAACGGAAUGCAUUAUUAAAGUGGUGUCAAAAUAAGACAGAAGGCUACCGAAAUAUUGAUAUUACAAAUUUUAGUAGUUCUUGGAAUGAUGGUUUGGCACUUUGUGCUAUUCUGCACUCAUAUUUACCUGAUAAAAUACCUUAUGAUUCUUUGACUCCUUCUGAGAAAAGAAGAAAUUUCUCAUUGGCAUUUUCUGCAGCUGAAAGUGUUGGUAUUCCAACGACUUUGAAUAUCGGAGACAUGUGCCAACUAGAACGUCCAGAUUGGCAGCAAGUAAUGACGUAUGUUACAAGUAUUUACAAGCAUUUUGAGACUUAGGUGUGGAAAGAAGAAAUGUUACUUGACACGUAGAGAACGAUGGCAUCUAGUCAAUCAAAUUUUUGAUGAAAUGAAUUACUUAGAAGUCGAAUUCACUCGCAGACUAGUAAGAGUGUCAUCAUAGAAUUCAACUGAGAAUUUAUUAGAGGCAACAACCAUUAAUUAUCUAAUUAAAAUAUUAAAGUAAAAAUUAAACUCAACUAUGAGACUGAUAAACAACAUCGAUCGACGAGUUAAAAUUUUGAAUAACAGAGUAUUGUAUAAAUAUUUACAGAUAUUGCGAUGAUAAUUUAUUAAAACUAUAUAGCAUGCAAUUAUGCAAAUGAAAAUAAGUAAAAAAAAAAACAAAAUGAUGUUAAACAAUUUAUUUGAAUGGUUGAAUUAUAAAAAAAAACUUGUACUUUUUUAAUAAUCAAAGUUCAAGUAUUUAUGUAACUCGAUAUAUGUAUAUAUAUUAGUAUUUUUCUAAUGUAUUAUUUUUUGACAAAUUUUUUGUAAAGUUAUAAUGUUGUAAAGGAAUUGAAUUGAUUAAUUUAAGAUAUCUAAUUUAUUUCAUUAGUCACAUUUAGUAUUUUAUGCAGAGAAUAAUUGAGUUCGAUAAUAUUUGAUUAUUGGAUUACAUUUUGGUCAGUUCGCAUAACUUAAAUAAAUAAUUAAACGAUGAAAAAAAGGUAAUCCAAUAUAAUAAUUGAGAACUCUGUGAUAUAGUGUAAAGUAAACCAUAAAAAG